AUGAAGUACAACAGCGCGAUUCUGGUUCUCGUCUGCUCAACCUUGAUUUCUGCUGGAACAUCCACUAUCUCUGGUGCCGAAGCUGUCUGUGGAGAUCUUGGAAUUCUUCAGGUCACUCCCGGAAAUAUCCCUGAUGGCGUAGAGCCCUCAGAUCUUCGCCUCUGCGCCGAUCAUCCACUCGGCCGCAACCGCACCCUUGAUCCCGCCAAGGGUGCCUCCCUAGCGCCCCUCGAGGAAGGCGAUAUCCCCAAUACAACCCCAAUGGAGACGUUGCUAUUACGGGGCACCUUACGGCUGUUCAGACAAGUACUGCUGGAAGAGCUGCGGUUCGAAGGGGAGCGGCCAAUGGUGCUGGACCGCGACGGCUGGGGGGGUUGGGCCGUGGGCUAA